CUGCUGAAUUUUCCUCGUCCACAGCCUGAUGGAGGUGCCAGGCUUGGUGCAAGUUGACCAAUUUGUUAGAGAUUUUUGAAUUGCCAGGGUAUGAAAUUGAGUACCUAUGCGCUCACAAAAUUGAGGAUGUUCAUCGUUAAUGGCUUUCCGCUCCGGCUCUUGAUGGAUGUGCGUCUGCAUCCCGGAAGGCGCCGAACCUGUCCUCGGCGCCGGCCCCACCUUUUCCGAUAUCUUAACUCAAAAUCAGGCGGCGAUCCUUGCUCCGGACAUGCAACCGGAACUCAUGAGGGUUAGAUCAAUCCAACCCAGGCCGUCAGACAUGUCACGGCCACGGAAAAAGAAAGAGAAUCCAAUCCACACCGCUGUGGGUUCAUGGCUGGACUCGCUUCCGCCCUCAAUCGUCGACAUUAUCGCUCAGCACACCGGUUGCAACGACUACAACAGGACGAGACAGCAACUCCUCGACCAUGCACCAAAACGCUGGGUGGUCUACGAGCCAAUGGUCCUCCUGCCAAGCGGCAGCUUCACAACCGAACCGUGGCCCGCCCUCCUGAAUUCCCUCAACUCCACGCAAAAGGACGCUCUCUGGACAGCCAUCCUCCAAGAACUAUCCCCACCCUCUAACAAGCCGCCCCUUACUCAUCUAGCCAUAAACGAAGGCAUCCCACUGCAUCUCUCACCAACCCCCAAUCCAUCAGACACAACCCCCACUCACGAAGAAGAAGAAGAAACCCAAGAAAACCUCCUCCGCUCCCCAACAGGCCUUCACCUCCUGCACGGCGAUUUCGGCCCAGCCCACCCAUCCUCACAACCCCCAUCAGAGUCCGAUUUCCAAGCCGCGCUAUGGGUUUCGACCAAGCAAAACGGCAUCUACCAGACCUGGGCGCCGCGGCACACCAUGUUCAGCCGGGGCAACAUCAAGGAGAAGGCCAGGCUGCUUUCUUUCCCGACUACCAGCACCACCAGCACCACCAGCACCACCACCAUCAACAACAACAAUAAGCACGGUAAUAAACUUGCCAUAGACCUGUACGCGGGAAUAGGCUACUUCACCUUCUCCCUGGCGGCGCGCGGCCUGCGCGUGCUCUGCUGGGAGCUGAACCCCUGGAGCGUGGAGGGGUUGAGGCGCGGGGCGGUGAGGAAUGGGUGGGUUGUGAAGGUUGUUAGCCCACGGGCACCACUACCGAACAACUUACAUACUGCUACUACGGCUACUACGGCUAGCGAUGAUACCAGCACCACCACCUCAACGGUCGGCAUGGACUUGCGUAAGAUCCUAACCGGCGACGAACAGGAGGAGGCGCCGCAGAUCAUCGUCUUCCUCGAAGACAACAAGCACGCCCGGCAACGGAUCACCACCGCCCUACUAAGCCUAGGCACGAAAAUGGAAAUGGAGGUGGUGCACAUAAGCUGCGGGUUCCUGCCCAGCAGCCGCGCGGUCUGGCGGGAUGCGUGGGAGAUUGCUGCCGCGUCCUGCCAGUUACACGGGCAAGGCACGUGGCUGCACCUGCACGAGAAUGUUGCUGAGGACGACGUUGAACGGAGGAAGAGCGAAGUGCAGGGCUUGUUUUCUCGCUGGGCGUCGGAGCAGGCGUCGCAAGGGGAAAAGAGGUGUGACGCGAGGGUGCAGCAUGUCGAGCUCGUCAAGACGUUCGCGCCGGGGGUGUGGCAUUGUGUGUUUGAUGUGUUUGUGUGUAUUACAAAGGUCUAGGUAAGUCGAGUAGAUACGACACGGGUGGAAAUAAAUAUAAAGUAAAAAA